GUCCCCGCCAUGGCGGCCCCGCGGGCGCUGCUUUUGGCUUCGCUGCUGUCCCCGCUGCUGUCCCCGCUGCUUUCCCCGCUGCUUUCCCCGCUGCUGUCCCCGCUCCUCUCCCCGCUGCUCUCCGCCGUCCCGGCCGGCGCAGCCCCGUCCCCGGUGCCCCGCAAUGUCUCCGUGCUGCUGGAGCCCGGCUCCGAGCGGCUGCGCGUCCUCCCCGGCCGCCACCCCGCCGCUGUCGCCUGGGCCAGCCUCGAUGACCGCAUCCCGCACGUCGGCUGGGCCUUCCUGGAGGUGGCCACCAACGCCUCGUACAAUGACAGCCUGCAGGCCUACGCCGCCGGGCUCGCCGAGGCUGCCGUCACCGAGCAGCUGAUGUACAUGCACUGGAUGAACACCAUGGUGGGCUACUGCGGCCCCUUCAAGUACGAGAGCGAGUACUGCCAGAAGCUGCGCAGCUACCUGGAGGCCAACCUGGCCUGGAUGGAGGAGCAGAUGGAGAAAGGGCAGGACACCGAGUACUGGCACCAGGUGCGCCUGGCCCUGCUGCAGCUGAAGGGGCUGGAGGACAGCUACAACGGGCGCCUGGACUUCCCCAGGGGCAGGAUCACCCUGGCACCCUUUGGCUUCCUGCUGCUGCAGCUGGGGGGUGACCUGGAGGACCUGGAGUCUGCCCUGAACCGCUCUUCCCCUCAGCGUGUGCUGGGCUCGGGCUCCUGCUCGGCCCUGGUGAAGCUGCUGCCGGGCCAGCGGGACCUGCUGGUGGCCCACGACACCUGGAGCUCCUACCAGGCCAUGCUGCGCGUCAUCAAGAAGUACACGCUGCCCUUCCGCGCCUCGGCCGGCGGCAAAUCCCAGAUCCCUGGGAGCGUCCAGGUGUUCUCCUCCUACCCCGGCACCAUCUUCUCCAUGGAUGACUUCUACAUCCUCAGCAGCGGAUUGGUCACGCUGGAAACCACCAUUGGCAACAACAACCCGGCCCUGUGGAAGUACCUGGAGCCCCGGGGCAGCGUGCUGGAGUGGCUGAGGAACAUCGUGGCCAACAGGCUGGCCCGCAGCGGGCCCGAGUGGGCCGCGCUGUUCCGGCGCUUCAACAGCGGCACGUACAACAACCAGUGGAUGGUGGUGGACUACAAUACCUUCACACCGGGCAGUGCAAGCCCGCCGCCAGGCGUGCUGACCGUGCUGGAGCAGAUCCCGGGCCUGGUGGUGGUGGCUGACCAGACAAAGCUGCUGUACCAGCAGGGCUACUGGGCCAGCUACAACGUGCCGUACUUUGAGCAGAUCUUCAACACCAGUGGGAACCUUGAGCUGGUGAGGAAAUACGGUGACUGGUUCACCUAUGACAAGAACCCUCGUGCCCAGAUCUUCCGCCGGAACCAGACACAGGUCCACGACCUGGACUCCAUGAUCCGCCUGAUGCGGUCCAACAACUACCUGCAGGACCCCCUGUCGCGGUGCAGGGGCUGUGACCCGCCCCAGAACGCCGAGAACGCCAUCUCUGCCCGCUCCGACCUCAACCCUGCCAACGGCACCUACCCCUUCCCCGCCCUGCGCCAGCGCUGCCACGGCGGCAUCGACAUGAAGGUCACCUCCUCGGGCAUGGUGCCCUCCUUCGGGCUGGUGGCAGUCAGCGGCCCCGCGUGGGAUGACGUGCCACCCUUCCGCUGGAGCGCGUCCCCGUGCAGCUCCCUGCUGCACAUGGGCCACCCCGACCUCUGGACCUUCCCCCCAGUCAAGGUCCACUGGGACUGAGCAGGCGCUGGUCCCGUCCAUCUGUCUGUCCUG